AUGGACUGCUAUAAAUCAAAGAUCCCCGAGCUGACUUUGAACCCUAUCCUUUAUACCGUUCUUCUAACCAUCUACAUGCUUCACAACUUCACUAAGUGUCACUUUACCCUUUCUACCCCCCUGCCACCUCCAUAUCAAGCUCUUCCUGGCACUGGCCCUGUGCAGAAGAUCCCCAGGCCCUCCUACCCCCAACAUCGGCUCUCAGGUCAUUCAGAGGCAACGCCUUGGGCACAGACCGCCUCUGAUGUGGGCGUUCAGCUUGGACAGAGGUGGCCACUCAAGCAUCCUAGCAGCCAACCAGCCUCUUUGCAAGAGGUCAGAGCCCCUGAAGAGGAACCACAGAAGGCCCAGACUUACCAUCUUCCGGGAUCUCUUGAUCAGCCAGGAAGGAGCAUCCAUCAGUUUGUGGGCUCCCCUUUGGCUCCUUCUUCAUCGUUACACUAUGAUUUGGAGGACACGCCUCACCUCUUUCCAGUGGUGGAAGUGGGCCAAGCUCCAGGAGGACACCCAUCAGGUGCCAGUCUGAAGACUGAGGUCCCACAGACCUCUCAAGGGCAAGAAGCAUCAGAGCGAGAUCCUAGCAAAAAGUUUGGGCUGAAUGAUGGUCAGUUCCAUACCUCAUCAAAGGGGAAAGGGAAAAGGAAAAUCCCUUGGAUUGAAGAAGCCACCGGCGAAAAACCCAAAGAGGAGGAGGAGAGAACUCACCAUCAAUGCCAUCUAAGACCAGGGCAAAAGGGCAGCAGAGAAACAAACCUUGCAAAAAUGCCUCUGCAAAGGGGGCAGCAGAUGCCCCGAAAUCCAAAACCGUCCCUUGUGGUUUGGAAGCUCCAGAUCUCACCCAGACCAAGGUGCCUUCUGUACUUCUGAGCAUCCAUGAAGACCCGAAGGUGGUGCUUCCUGAACUCCUUCCAGAGCAGACAGCUGAACAAUGUCAUUCUUAUUCUUCCAAACUCUAUGACAGGCCAUGCCUCUUCAGCCUUGGAGAAGAGUCAGCCUAAAAGCCAAGAUAAACAGGAAGCGAGGAAAAAGGUCAGCCUGUGUGGCACAAAGAGCAGAAAGUGCUACCCCAAAAGUGAAACGGAGGGAGCCCCAAAGACAAUCCCAAAGACCAACCUGGCUUGUAAACUGAUGGAGUCUCUACAAGUCUUUCACCCACUAGGCAAGCAGACCAGUUCAACUCUGCCAAGCAAGAAAGUCGAUUCCGUUUUGCCUUACAAGUCUAUUCCGGACAGUCGUAUCCCAAAGGCCAAGCUUUUGCCUCAACCAUCAUCUCACCUAUCUUCCCAACCUCUGACUACUGCACCCAAGCCGUCCCUUCACUUCCUACCUGCCCCUCAGCUGCAUCCCCAAUGCCAACCACCAGCCCCCGCUGUCAAAAUUACCUUCCCGUCCUCUCUCCAAACCUUCAUCCCAUCCUCUGCCUCAACCACCAUCGCAGCCGUGGCAAAAACUCGCUGAUUCCUGUGCCUACUCAGCCCCCAAAGCCCCUGGGGAAGCAGGUGCCCCCUGCCACGAUCCCACCUGCCCCAAAGUCCUGGGAUUCUGGACUUCCACGCAGCAGGGAGUGGAGAAGCCAGGCUGCAGCUGGCGGGAAAACCACCAGUCUGGGGUCAAAGCCCACUGACUUAGGUCUGAAUGUUGGGCGCCUCGGCCACAUUAAAGCACCAGCCAAAGUCCCACUGC